AUGGCGGGACAGCGCCAUGCCGCAUUUGCGGAAGAGUCCGCAGAGGUGGAGGUCCUCUACGCCAGUCUGGACAAGAUGAAGUCGGUGUCAAAGAAGAUCCAAGGCUCCAUGACGCGCCUCAACGAGACCGGACGAACGGUGCAAGAUGCGAUAGGACCAAUCUAUGGCAACACACAGCGACUCCAGGCGCAAAACAAGAACAUUGAUAAGAUACUGGCGGCGAUAGAAAAGGUCAAACAGCCCUUGGAUAUGCGUAAUAAAGAGGAGCGGAUACUAAGGAGUCGGCCGGACCGGGUAGGACUGGCAGAGUACAUUGCAAGCAUCRAUCGCACCAAUCAGGCAUUGAAAGAGCUCAAGGCGUCGAAUUUGCGUUCGAACCAGACUGCCAUUUCAGAGCUGAGUAGUCUUCUGGCUGUGGGCACGGGAAAUCUCGAGAGCGUAUUCCGGGACAUGUUGCGACAGGACUCGCAACCGAUUGAACCUUUGAAGCAAAUCACACAAGGACAGGACUUUCCACGAAUAUCAUCCACGAAGUCGGCACAGCUGCGGUCAAUCAACACGAAUAUUUCCAACUACGCAUCACAAGUCGCGCCAGGGGGCGGUCUUACACCUUCGGCGAAAGUGUAUGCCCACGAGCGUGGGCAGUACAUGGCUCAAUCGCUACAGAACCUGGCUACCGCAUCACUCUCCACAGCACGGAAAGUCACUGCAGAUGCAGUCUACAAACCAGGGAGCUGUGCGAUUGAGACGUAUGCAUCUGGAAUACAAGGCAUGUACAUUGCCGAGUAUGAUAACAUUUGUCCCAUUUUCAGUCGGGAGGAAUGGGGUCCCGUCUUGUCAGCCACUUGCCAAGACUCACUUCGAGCAUUCACAUCGACUCUGCGUGAUCUCGACGCGCAUGUCAGGGGUCAUCUCAUCACCGAUUGCUAUCUUGCAUACGAAAUUGUAGAUGUGGUAUCGAAAACCUCCUUUCAGAUCGAAAGCCGCACAGGCGAACUGAAGCAGGCUAUGUCUGAUGCAUUGAAGCCGAUACGCGAGACUGCGAAGACAUCUCUAUCAUCUUUGCUUGUCGAUACCCGGACCAAGAUCAACCAGAUGCUGCAAUUCCCGGCAGACGCUAGCCCUUUGCCGAUAACCACGGAGAUAAUGACCAGACUGCAGCUCAUGACGUCCUACUUGGGGCCAAUCAGCAGCAUCAUGCGAAGUCUGGGUGAUGGUGGUUGGAAUCAGCCCAACAAUGCCGUGUCCACGGCUUCGCUCCCCACAUUGAAGUCCUUCGACGUCGGGGCAGACGGCAAGCAACUUUUCGCUCACUAUUGCAUUGAUGCAAUCGACGCGCUUCUAAGCAGUCUAGAGUCCAAGGGAAAGCAGAUACAGAAAGCUAAGAGCGUACAAGGCAUUUUCCUCUCCAACAACAUUGCCAUCGUUGAACGCAUGAUCAGAGCGUCCGAACUCCAUACCUUGCUAGGUGGCGCACAACCUAAAGUGGACACCUGGAAGAAGAGAGCUCUGGCCAUGUAUGUCAACGGAGAAGGCUGGGGCCAAGUCACCAAGGUGCUCCUGUCUGACACAAUACAUACCUCGAAACACGGUCGACCCUCCUCCACCGGAGGCGCGAUUGACCCCUCAGCCCUGCUCAAGUCUCUUUCCAGCAAAGAGAAAGAGGUCAUCAAGGAGAAUUUCAAGAGCUKCAACCAGCACUUCGACGAACAAGUGGCCAAGCACAAGACAUACAAAAUGGAGCCAGAGGUGCGGCGAGACUUAGGCCAGGAGUUGCUGAAGACUGUAGAGCCGCUCUACUCUCGAUUCUGGGAGCGAUAUCACGAGGUCGACAAGGGCAAGGGCAAAUAUGUCAAGUACGACAAAGGCCAGCUGCGGGCUGUAUUGGCUUCGCUGGGCUGA